AUGUCGUAAAUUACCUCUUCACUUCUUAAAGUAGUAAACACUUAGAUUUAAGGUAAAAUAAUUAAUAAUGUUUAGAUCUUGAUUAACAUAUUUAGAAAUAAGAAAAAGUAAUUAUUGAUUAAGCAAAUGAGAUAAAGUCUUUGAAAAUUAGAAUAAAUCAAAAGGAUAUGUUGAAUACACCUAUAUUCGAUAAUCCAAUUGAUCAAUUAUUAGCAUACCCUAAAUCCCUUAAUGAACUUGGUUUAUAAAUAUAAGAGGAAUUUGAGAAGUUAAAAUCUUAAUUAAAAGAAAAGGAAUAAGAAUUACACUAACUUAAAUAAAACCCUGAAAAUCAAAGAAGAUCAUACAAACCAAAUACCUCUCAAGUAGAUGAAGUUAUAAAACAACAUGAGGAGAUUGAUGAAAUUUUAAUUGAAUUAGAGAAAAAGCUAUAUGACAAAAAGCAAUAAAAAUAAGAAUUAGAAUAGAAAAUAGAUACUUAUGGGGAAGAUGAAAAAAUAUUAAAAUAAUUGAAAUCAUAAAUAUCUGUAUUGAAUGAGCAAUUAGUAGUAGAGAAAGCUUAUAAUUAAGAAGUAAGAGUUCAAUUAAAGAAAUUAUAAUAAGAGACUGAGAGUUUAAAUGAUUAAUUAGAGAAGAAAUUAGCAGAGAAAUAAGAAUUUGAAGAUUAAUUAACAAAGACAAAUAGUUAAUUAGAAUAUUUAAAAUCUUAAAAUAUUAUGUUAGGAAUUGGAACACCUAUAAAAGGAGAAACUGAAAAAUUAAUAGCAAUAGAUGACUUAGUAAAAUAGAAUUAAGCUGUUGAUGAUUUAAUGAAUGAAUUAUAAAAUAAAUUGAAUGAGAAAUAAUAAGCUCAUAAUUUAAUGUUAGAUUAAAUAAGUAGGAAUAAUUUAUUUGAAAAUGAAUAAAACUCUUCAACAUCUCUUAAACCUUCAAAUAUGUCUCCAAAAAAGGAAUUAAUUUCAUAAUUAGAAAUUGAAUAACAUGAAUGUGAUAUUAUAUAAUAGUAAUUGAAAUUAAAACAAUUAGAAAUUUAAGAAUUAAAGGAAUAAUUAAAAAAGGAAGAAUAAUAAGUGUUUAAUUUAUAAAAUAGACUACAAGAGGAAAUAGAAGUUAAGGUUUCAGUUGAAUAGUAACUUUAAAGUGUAUAAUCAAAAUAAAUAAUAAUAUAACCAACAGUAACUUCUUAAAUUUAAGAAUUACCUACAAUUAAUAUCUUUGGUCCUCAAACUGAAUCAAUUCCUUAAGAUUAUUAGUUUUAAAUUGAGUAAUUAUAGGAGACAAUUAGAUAAUAGGAAUCAUAGAUUGAAUUUUUAAAGUUUGAAAUUCAAUAAAAGGAUGAAAUAAUGAGUAUGUCAUAACAUACUUACUUAUAAGAUUUAAAUCAAUAGAAUUAAGAUGUUGAAAAUAGGAUAUAAGAUUUAAAGAAGCAAUUGAGUUAUAAAAUAAAAAGAAAAGAUUAAUUGGAAUCUAUAGUAAAUGAGGAUUAAAAACCUAAGAGAAAAUCUUUUGUAUAAAAUACAGAGUUGAUGGAUUUGUAAGAAUAAUUACAUGAAAAGAAUAUGAAUAUUGUGUAAUUAUAUGAAGAAAUAUCUAAAUUAUAAAAAUAGUUAUAUGAUAAGGAAUAAGAAUUAUAAUCAAGAGAUGUUGAAUUAAGAUAUUAAGCAUUAAUGAAAACAAAUGAAGAUUAAUGUGAAAAGGCUGAUGAAUUAGUUAAAAGGAAUUUAGCAAUGGAUGAGUUAAUUCAUUCAUUAGAAGUAAGAUUAGUUGAAAAAGAAUCUAAAUUAAAGGAAUUAGAAUAUUUGAAUUCAUCUAAGAAUUUUGAAAUUGAAUCUAAUUAAAAUAAUAAUUCAUUUUAUAAAGAUAGAGAAAGUAUUAUUAGAGAUAGUGGAAUUAAUUCAUAUGAUUAAGAUCAAGAUCAUUAAUUUGUUUAAUAAUAAUAAAUAUUAGCUGGUUUCAAUAGUAAUUUGGAUCAUUUAAAGAGUAAAGUAGAAUGUUAGAAAUAUGAAUUAUAAGAAAAGGAUAAGAUUAUUGAAUAACUUAAAUAAUAAUUAAAUGAUUUAAAAAGAAGUCAUUUUAAUUAAUAGAUUUUGGCAACUUAAGAUGUAUCUGUAAUUAAUAGAUCAAUUAAUGUAUUAUAAGAAUAAGCAGAUAAUUUAGUAAAAUAGAAUUUAGCUUUAGAAGAUGUUAUUCAUGAAUUAGAAUAUAAAUUAUAAGAGAAGAAAAAUAAAUAAGAAGAAGUCUAAAAGAUUAUUUAAAAUAUGAUGGAAGAAGAAGUAUAAUUGAGAUAAUUGAAAUCAGAUGAAAUGGUUAAAAAAAAUUUAGAAUUAGAUGAGAAAAUCUAAUAAAUGGAAUCAAGAUUGAUUCAAAAAUAAUAAUAAUAAUAUGAAUUAGAAUAAAGAUUAUCAUAACAUUAAAGAUCUAUGCCUUAGCCUUUAUAAGUAUUCCAUGAAGAUCAUGAUAUAAUCUAAGAUCAUAAUUCUAAUUUAUCUGAAUUAACUAUCUAAAUUGCUUAAAUAACAGAAUCAGUCAGAUAAUUAAGUUAAGAUGAUAUUGAAUUAGAAUUUUUAUUGAAAUAAAAGAAAGAAAAGUAAUCUUAAAUUGAAUAAUUAAAAUUGUUUAUUUAAUCUUCAACUGAUGUCCUAUAAGAUUUGUAAACUGAAUAAUAAAUUAAAUAGGAAUAAGUUGAAAAAAUGAAAUCACAAAAUAAAGAUAUUGAACAAAUGGUUAAUGAUUUAUAGAACUAGCAAAUUAAUUUAAUUGAAGAUGCCACCAAAUCUUAAUAAAAUGUUCCUAAUUGGUUGAAUUAGAAUAUGGAAUCAUCUAAAAGAUUAAAUGAACUUCAAAAAGGUUAAUAAAAAGUGAAAGAGCAAAUUAAAAAUUUAGAAUCCUUAAUUUUAGAUUUACAAAUAGUAGUCAAAGAAAAACAAGAUGAAUUAUAACGUAUAUCAUAAGAGAAUUAUUAAUUAUCAAUUUUAACAAGAAAAUAAAAAUAAAAGAGAGAUCAUUUAUUAAGAGAAUAAAUGCCAUUGGGAGAGAAGGUAGGUUUACUUGAAUAAUAAGUGAAUGAUUUAAUAUUAGAAGAUAAAAGAUUAACUUCUGAAUUAGGUAGAUUAUUUUAAGAGGCUGAAUCAGCUAAAUAAGUAAAGUAACUUAAAGAAUAAUAAAUAUCUGCUUUGAGUAUUGAGAGUUAACAAUUGGAUUAAAAUAUUAUGUUAUUAAAAGAUGAUAUAGAAUAAGCUAAGAUAUUAGAAUAAUAAUUACUCGAUCAAUAGAAUUAAUAUAAAUAAAAGAAUGCAUUAAUAGAAUAAGAAAUUAAAAUCUACACAGAAAUGAAUUUGGAUAGUGCAAAUAUAAAUAGAAAGAUUGAAGAUCUAACUCAUUAAAUUUCAGAGGAAAAAUAAUUAUUAGAAUAACUAAUUGAAGAAUUGCAAAUUCAAAAAGAAUAAGUCUUAUUAAUUGUUCCUUAAAAAGAAGAAAUAUUAAAAUUAUAUUUAUAAACCAAACAAUAAUAUGAUUAAAGUGUGGAAGAUCUAUCUGAAUUAUAGAAAUUAUAGUAAAAAGUAUAAGAUUAAAAGAAUUAAGUAAUGUAAGAAGUUAAUUAUCUUAAAUUAUAUACAGAAAAUUAAGAAAAAUAAUUACUUGAAUUGUAGACUUUAAGAACUAAACUAGAAGAUAGUAUUAAAUAAGAAAAUACUUUAAAAAAUGCAAUAUAGGAUAAGGCUGAUAGGAUAUAAUAAGAAUUAGAUCGUAAUAAAUAAGCAAUUCAAGCAUAAAUUUAGAUAUUAGAGAAAUAGAAUAGAGAAAAAGAACAAAGAUAAGAGCAGAUUAAGAAAAUUUAAUUUGAAAUUGAAGAUUAAAAAAAUAAUUUAAAUAAAUUGACAGAUUAAUAAAUGAAACAUCUACAUUAAUUAGAUUAAAUAGCAAAAUUAGAUAAGGAUAUGGAAAGAUUAAUGAAAGAAGUAUUUGAGAAAGAAGAAUAAGUUUAAUAAUAUGCAGGAUUAGUAUAUUAAAAAUAAUAAAAAGUAAAUGAUUAAAAAUAGAAAUUUAAUUAAUUGGAAGAUGAAUUGAAAUUUUAUGAAAGAGAAGAGGAAGAAAUAAAAAAGAGAAUAUCUGAAUAAGAUGAGAAACUUAGUAAAUUAGAAAGAGAAUUUUAAAUAAGGUCAGAAAAAAGAAGUAAAUUUGAAGAUGAUUUAGCAAAAGCUGAAAUGGAUUUAAUUAGUUUAGAAGAAAUGUUAAGAAAUAAGGAUGAAGAAUUAAGAAGUUUUAAUGAAUCAAAAGAAGAAUUGAUAAAAUAUAAAUAACAAUAUAAUACUAUUAGAGGAGAAAUAAGAGAAAAAUAAGAAUAGAUCUAAGAAUUCGAGAAAUAGAGAUCUAAAUUAUCAGAGGAAAUCAAAAAGGAAUAAGAUUAAUUAACAGAUAUCAAUUAAGAAAUUUAUCAUAAUAAAAUUAAAGAGGAGGAAAUGAAUUUUUAAAUAAAAUAGAAAUUAAAGGAUUUAGAAUCAUUAAAUGAUUAAUUCAAAAAAUUAGAUGAAGAUGCAAAAAUGUUAGAGGCUGUAAUUUAAUUAAAAGAGAAAGAAUUGAAAUAAUAUUAAGAGAAGAAAGAAACACUUAAAAAGGAUUUAGAAGCAACAAAUUUAUAAGUAGUUGAAGUAAAGAAACAAUUAAAUAAAAAGAAACAAUAAAAAUCAAUAAUAAUAGAUCCUAAUGAAGUAGAAGUAUAUGAAGAAACAUUAUCAUAAUAAAUAAGUUGUUUAAAUACUAAAAACUUAAAUUUAAAGGAUGAUUUACAGAAAUUAGUAUAAUCAUAAAGUCAACCAAUAUUUUAAACAAUGUAAUAGAUGGAAGGAACUAAGACUUAAUUAGAAGAAUUAUAAUUAACUAUAAAAGAAAAGGAUAAGAAAUUAGAUUUAUUGGAAUAAUAAUUAUAGCAAUUAUCUAUGCAUCAAUCUAGAGUUACUAUUUAACCUAGUUUUUAUUUUGAUGAUGAUCCAUUAUUAUUAGAAUUGUAGGAUAAAUUUACUAAAGAAAGUGAAAUGUUAGAUGAUUUAUAAUAAAAAUUAAAGAGAACAGCUGAGAGGCAUCAUGAAUUAGCUGUUAAAUUAUAAGAGUGGGCAGAAAAAGAACAUAAAUUGGCUAUAGAAUUAGAUUAAAGAAGAUAAUGUGUUGAAAAAAUAGAAAAAGAAUUAGAAGUAUUAUUUUAAAAGUAAUCUGAUUUAGAAAAUGAUAAAGUUAAUAUUUUAUAAAAGUUAUAUUAAUUAGAUUUAGAUAAUUAAGAAUUAAAUGAAUAAGAAAUUAUAUCUAGGAAUAGAAUAAAAGAAAAGAAAGAUUAUGUAUAGGUAUUAUUCAAGAAUUUAAUAGAAAUGGAUGAAAAAUUGUUAUAAUUGAGGAAUCGAAUGUCUGUUUAUUCAAGAGAAGGUAGAUAAUUAGCAGAAUAAGUAGAAAAUUUGGAGAAUGAAAAAGAAAUGAAAUAAGAAAGUUUAUAAAUAAUUUAAGAGGAAUUAGAGAGUUUAGAAUUAGAAAAAGGAGAAAAAUAAAAUAUGAUUUAAUAGAUUAAGAAGGAGAUUUAAGAAUAAAAUAUAGAUAAGGAUAAAUUAGAAACAUAAUAUGCUUUAACACAUAGUAAAAAUUAACAAUUAAAAUUAUUAAUUGGAGUUGAGGAAGCUUUAUAUAAGAAAUUUUAGACUGAACUAGAAAUUCAAUAGAAAAGAGAAUAAAGCAAAUAUGAAAAUAUGUUUGUAUGCAAUAGUACAUAAACCUAUUAUGAAGUUGAUUAAAUUGAAGUAUUAAUGGAUAAUCUAGUUGGAUAUAAAAUAACAAAAAAAGAAUUGUUAAAAUUGAAAUAAGAAUGUUAUGCUGAAAUAUAACAAUUAUUUACUUAAAAUAAAUCUUAUAUUUAGGAUAAUGUAAAUGUGAGAAAUCUAAUUUAAUUUUAAUAAAUUCUAAUCUAAGUUUUGGAAAGUGAAAAUCUAUUAAUAUCUGAUAAAAUAACAUCAAAUAAAUCUUUAAAAAUACAAUCUGAAGAAUAAAAUACAUUUACAUUAGAAUUAGUAAGUAUAUUAAAUUAUUAAGAUCGAUAUGAUGAUGAAUACCUCAGCUUUAAUUGAAAUUUCAAUUAAUGAACAUAGUUUAAAUAUAGCAGAUAAGAAAAUACCUAGAUAAUGGAUAGUUGAUAAAUAUUUUGAUUAUAAUCAUCAAAUAUAUCCCUUGGGAAUAUUGUAUAUUGUUUACAAGGUAAUUAUACAUCAAUAUCUAGGUAUCACUAUGUUAAGUAAUAACUUUAGCAUUAACAGGUACUAAAAUAAUCUAAUUAUAUUCUUAAAUUUGA